AUGAGAACUUUGCUCACAAAAUCAUUAUUAAUUGUUUUAAUUUUUUUAAAUAUUGUAUUAAUUUCUACCUCUACUCCAGCGGUCACUCAUUUACAUUCUGUCCGACACUCAGGAGAACGUGAAGAAGAUGGUGCCUACAGCCCAAGAGAUCGGAAACAUCAUGCAAACGGAGAACAUCAUUCAGAAUUUGAUCAUGAAGCAAUUUUAGGAAGUGUAAAAGAUGCUGAAGAAUUUGAUCACUUAUCCGAGGAAGAAUCGAAAAAAAGAUUAGGGAUUCUUUUAAAAAAAAUAGAUUUGAACCAUGAUAAUUUUAUUUCAAAACCAGAAUUGAAAUCAUGGAUAUUAAGAUCAUUUAGAAUGCUUUCUGAAGAAGAAUCACAAGACAGGUUUGAAGACAGCGAUGAAAAUGAAGAUGGUAAAGUUACUUGGCAAGAAUAUUUAAUGGAUACUUUUGAUAUUAAAGAUAAUGAAAUUCAAGAUAAAGAUGAAAAACUAAUUCAAGAUGACAAAAUUCUAUUUGAUUUUGCCGACAAAAACAAUGAUGGAUCAUUAGACAAAAAAGAAUUUUUAUUAUUUAGUCAUCCAGAAGAAUACCCAGAGAUGCAUCCCCUAAUAUUAAAACAAACACUAGAGGAAAAAGACUUAAACAAAGAUGGAUAUUUAGAUUUUCAGGAAUUUGUCGGAGCAAAGGCUAAGGAACAUGACAAAGAAUGGCUAAUAUCAGAGAAAACAAAAUUUGAUACAGAUUAUGAUAAAGAUAAAGAUGGAAGAUUGAACACCAAUGAAAUUCUUUCAUGGAUGGUUCCAAGCAACGACGAAAUUGCAGAAGAAGAAGUCGAUCAUUUGUUUACUGAAUGUGACAAUAAUGGAGAUGGAAUUUUAUCUUUUGAUGAAAUUAUCGAGCAUUAUGAUGUGUUUGUUGGAAGCGAAGCAACCGAUUAUGGUGAUCAUUUGCACAAUAUACAUACUUUUCAAGAUGAGCUGUGA